AUGGACGUUUCACGAGUAUCAGUAAUGACGUUCAAUAUGUGUAAAACUGAAGGUUUUCCAAUCAAUUGGCCACAGCGUCGUUUACCUAUUAUUGAAUGUCUCACAGCAUUCACACCCGAUAUUCUCUGCAUACAAGAACUGCAUCCAUUACUACAUGAUACCAUUGUCGAAGCUUUACCAACACAUGCUUUCAUUCAAGAUGAGUUUGCUGGAUGGCAGAAUGAAGGUAAUAUCUAUUGGAAUUCGAAUAUGUUCACCAUGUUAGACUACGGAAUGGUCGAUAUUGGUAUAAUGGAACCAUUGAGACGCUUGUUUUGGGCACGAUUAUCCAUCAAAUCAUCGACAUCAAAUGAAACCAAUCAACAAAAUAGAAAGGAAAUACUUGUUUCGACUGCCCAUUAUACUUGGGAAGGACAUGAAGAAGAACGCAAAACAGAUAUUAAUCUGCGUAAGCAACAAACACGUCGUACAGUUAGUGCUCUAGAUGAAUUGAUUACUCGAUUCAAUAAUCCUUAUCUAGCUGUUUUAUUUAUGGGUGAUUUAAAUGAAAAUUNAUUUUUGUAUUUCGAAAAUUUUUCAGCCAAAGUGCGACCAAAAAAUAUUUUAAAGGUUGCAACAGGAUGUUUUAGUCUUUUUAUCGAUGUUAAUAAUUAUUUAUACUGUUCAUCAUCUUACGAACAUGUUGUUGUCAGAAAAUAUUUAGAUGAUGAUAUGGAGAUGGUGCCUGUAGCUAGCACAGGUAAAGAAGGUUCAAGUCUGAAUGAAUUGUUUUAUCCUAUAGGAAUAUUUGUUGAUACAAAUUUCGAUUUAUAUGUGGCAGAUUCAGAAAAUCAUCGAGUGCAACUUUUUGUUUUCGGUGAAAAAAGCGGAAAAACGGUAGCAGGACAAAGUUCAAUGGAUAUCACGGUUGAACUAAUUCGUCCACACUCAAUUGCCUUAGACGCUGACAAAUAUAUUUUUAUAUCGGAUAGUGGAAAUCAUCGUAUUGUUGCAUCAGGACCAAACGGUUUUCGAUGUCUAGUCGGAUGCAAUAGGGAUGGUAAACAAGCUCAUCAGUUGGAUAUGCCAACCAAAUUUAGUUUUGAUGUACAUGGAAAUAUGUUCGUUUACGAUUCAGGCAGUGAUCGAGUACAAAAAUUUCAUUUACAGAAAGAUUCUUGUAAAAAUGUUUCAUCAGACACUCAAUCAACUUAUUCAUCUAUUCUAACAGAAAAUCAUGACAUGUAUUCACGUGUUAGAUUCAAUCGUUCAAAUUACUACUACGAAGCCAUUGCAGUCAUUGUCAGUAAAAAUGACUUCUACAUACUCACCGGCAACAGUAGUAUUGACCUUUACGGUCAUGUAUACAAAGAUCAAUUUGAUCCAUUCAACCCUACGAACAAUCUGAUUGCAUGGUACGGCAAAUAUUGCAAUAAGGAUCAAUUCAAAUUUACACUUGAACUUCUUGUCAAUACGAAAUACAUUUUGGUUGUAACGACAUACAAUCAACAUGUCACAGGGCCAUUCUCAGUUACUACCUUCGGUUCAAAUGCAGCUCGUCUUGAACGUAUAAAUAUCAAACAAGGCAUUGAAUCAACAUACACGACUGUAGUGGCGCAAAAUGAUGAAAAUUAUUCUUCCACUAAUUCCGGUGGAAGGAACCCGAACUACUAUUAUAAACCAGUGCAAUUGAAUGUGAUUAAAAGUGAUUCUUAUUCUAUUUGGCUUACCGUCGAAAACAUGAGCAUGGGUAUAUCGUUCUCUCUCUAUAAACAUGACUUCAAUGUACUCAACCGAUCUGAAAAUCUACUCAUGCGUAGAAGUAUUUGUGACAUUAAUGAUUUGCCUCCGAUAACUGUUGAACUUCUGAAGGACAUUCGAUACAUAAUGGUUGUUACAACAUGCGUAGGAGAUUCAACAGUGGGCUUCAAAUGCAAAAUAUUUGCCAAACACAAUACCAAUUUUGAACUGACAUCUACUUACUCGAACUAUUCAUCGGCAUUGACGAGAGAUAGUCAAACAUAUAUGUGCAAUCCGGCCAAUGUUAUUCUUCAACGCUUCGUUGACAGUUCGACUUAUUGUUAUGUUGGUGGUCCGUGUAACGUUCUAGUCAAAGAUAUUGGUUUCACUCUCGAUGAUAUUUUACGACUAGAAGUGAAUCAAAAUAGAACAAUCUAUGAUCAACCAGUUGUUAUCGAAAUCACUGGUGCUUUGACAGUGAUUAUGUUUGUCGCGGGUGUCAUCAACAGUUUUUGUUCGAUUUUAACUUUCCGAGAUGACAGUUUUCGGCAAGUUGGAUGUGGUGUGUACCUUUUGGUAUCAUCGAUUGCUUCUCUUCUGACGAUUACGAUGUUUACGAUUAAAUUCUGGUUUGUUAUUGUUACACAAAUGAGCAUCUCCAUUCGUUUGUCAGUUCUUCAAGGUGGUUGUAAGUCGAUGGAGACUCUUCUCAAAUUAUUUUUCUAUUGCGAUGUUUGGUUCCAAGCUUGUGCGGCAAUUGAACGUGCAGUGAACGCUUAUAAAGGAGUGAGUUUUGAUAAGGAGAAAAGUAAAUGUUUUGCUCGAUGGAUCGUCUUUAUCUUACCGAUUGUGAUCAUGAGCACUCUUGUUCAUGAACCACUACUCCGUCAGACAUUAGACUAUGUAAUAAAGGAACACAUACUAGACAUAGAAGAAAUUGUGCUAUAUAGGCAUUCCUGGUGUAUAACUACUUAUUCACAACCAAUUCAAAAGUACAAUACAGCUAUUCAAUUCAUUCAUCAUCUUGGUCCAUUCAUUAUAAAUCUUUUUUCUUCGAUAUUAUUCAUUAUUAUAAGAAGUGUUCGUCGACGGGCAGAAACUCAAAAUGGACAACAUUUUCGAGAACAACUCGGAGAAAAUAAACAACUUCUCUACUGUCCUGCAAUGCUGCUUGUUCUAUCGAUUCCACGGCUGAUCAUUUCUUUGUUAUCGGGAUGCACAAAUAUUUCUAAUCGUUUAUGGUUAUAUCUCACUGGUUAUUUUAUCUCGUUUACACCAUCAAUACUUAUCUUUGUGGUAUUUAUCUGUCCGUCGAAGAGCUAUCGAAAAGCCUUUAAACAAUCGUUUUCUCGAAUUUGUAGAAGACGAGCCAUCAAGAAACAAAUCACCGACACAUCUUUUGUUUAUUGA